CAACAAUGCAUGAAAUAUAAAAUUGGGAAGUAAAAACAAAAAAGAUUUUUUUAGUAAGCGAAUGUCGAGCUAAGUAUAUUAAUUUUGCAAUAACUGCAACACCAGAAAACAUAUAGAAAUGCUGUAUGGGAAUUAACAUGCUUGCUUUAUGUUUUGGCGCAAUACUCUUUAACAAUAAAUAAUUCAAAAGAUGCUGCACAAAUGUAAUUAGUCAUGAAAUUAAAAAGGGCAGUUGUUAUUUUUGGGUCACUGCUUAUUUUGGUAAUUAUAUUUACAAUAUAUUCAGCGAAAGAUUUGACGCUUUCCAUACAAAAAUCUUCAAUUGGUCAAGAUUACAAAGAUAACCAGUGGCUUCAUUUCGAAGACAGAAUAAAGCAGCUAGAAAAUGACUUAAGCUUACACCAUAAUGCAGUUAAUGAAAUUAAAGUAGCAAUGAGAAAUAUGAUGCAGCCAAGUUCUAGCACGCAUGUUCAAAUCAAAGAGUCCAUCAGUAAAUUGGAGUCUGAUUUGAAUAUUGCUGAAAUGUUAUACAGCUCAACCUGUCCCUUUCAUAUUAACUUUACACCCAGAACCAACGUUCAGAUGUUGGAUGUGUAUAAAUCAAUACCAUUUGACAAUAUUGAUGGUGGUGUUUGGAAACAAGGUUGGAGAAUUGAAAUAGAUGAAAAAGACUGGAAUAGAAAGAAUAAGCUCAAAGUGUUUGUGGUUCCUCAUUCACACAACGACCCAGGUUGGAUUAAAACUGUCGAUGAGUAUUACAUUACACAAACAAAACACAUAUUGGAUAACAUGUUACAAAAACUACCUGAAGAUAGACGUCGGAAGUUUAUAUGGGCAGAAAUUUCAUAUUUCUCUAUGUGGUGGGAAGAACUAGAUCAGGAUCAACAGGAGAUUCUAAAGAGAUUGCUGUAUAAUAAUCAACUGGAAAUUGUAACAGGGGGAUGGGUUAUGAAUGACGAGGCCAACUCCCAUUGGGUAUCCAUAACACAUCAGCUCGCAGAGGGACAUCAAUGGCUGAAAAAGAAUUUAAACUACACCCCUGUUAGCAGUUGGUCGAUAGAUCCCUUUGGCAUGAGUCUAACUCAACCUGCGUUGCUCAAAAAAAGCGGCUUUCAGAAUAUGUUAAUUCAAAGGGUUCACUAUUCAGUAAAAAAAGAGCUGGCCAGUAGGCAGCAAUUGGAGUUUAAGUGGAGGCAGUUAUGGGAUGGGACAGGUGAGAGUGAUCUGUUCACUCAUUUGAUGCCUUUUUAUUCCUACGAUAUUCCUCACACGUGCGGACCAGAUCCGAAAAUAUGUUGCCAGUUUGAUUUUAAAAGGUUGCCAAACCAUGGGCUACAUUGCCCUUGGAAAGUUCCACCACAGUCCAUUACGGAGAGAAAUGUCGAGGCCAGGGCUGAAUUGUUGUUAGAUCAGUAUAGAAAAAAAUCGAAACUUUUUAAAACCAACGUUUUGUUGGUACCGCUCGGAGAUGAUUUCCGAUACGACCAUCCGACCGAGUGGGAUGUGCAGUUUGAAAAUUAUCAAAAACUGUUCGAUUAUAUGAACGCCAACCUAAAUCUUAAUGUGCAGGCGCAAUUCGGAACUUUGACUGACUAUUUUAGAGCAGUUAGGAAAGAGAAAAGCGAAUCUGAGUUUCCGACCUUGUCAGGUGAUUUUUUCACCUACGCUGAUCGCGACGAUCAUUACUGGAGCGGCUAUUACACAUCCAGGCCAUUCUAUAAACGCAUGGACAGAGUAUUACUGGGAUACUUGAGGGCUGCUGAAACAAUCCACACAUUAACUCAUCACAGUAAGAAAACUGGUUCAGACUGGGUAAUAGCGAAAGACAAUGGAUUAGAGCAUCUGCUCGCUUUCGCCAGACAAGCGUUAGCUCUAUUUCAGCACCACGAUGCUAUAACGGGUACCGCAAAAGAGCAUGUGGUCGUUGAUUACGGAAAAAGAUUGUUAUCUUCCAUUCACAACUGUCAAAAAGUGAUACAGUUGUGCGCCAACAUUUUGUUGGAAAGUGUCGGCACUGACGGGCCCUACGAACAGGACGUCGCUUAUUAUAAUUUCGAGGACGUGUGGCACAGUCAUAACAACUUGCCCGAGCGUUUGCAAAUCACUAUCGGUUUACCAAAUUUGCCGACCAAAAAGAUUGUUAUUUACAAUUCCUUGUCAUUCACGAGGCACGAAGUGCUUACCUUUUACGUCAACACGCCAUUUAUUGAGGUUUAUGAUUUCCAAAAUAAGAGGAUGAAAUGUCAGGUAGCUCCCAUAUUUGAGUAUGGUUCAACAAUGUCCCAAACCAAAUACGAGCUGGCGUUUAUUGCCAACAUCCCAGCUUUUGGGGUGGUAAGCUACACCAUAACCUCCGUGUGGGAAGACAACAAACCAAAUGAAACUGAAUUUGCAUCCGUAAAAGUUUACAAUCAGUAUGGUGGAGUCAUAACCCCAAAAGGCUUUAAGGUUGACCUUUCGCCUAGCGCUAGCGAGUUCACACUGCAGAACGCCCGGGUUACAGCGUCAUUUAACAAAUUGGGUCUCCUUAAGGCUCUAAAGUCGGGCACUACUACUGUACCUGUUCACUUAGACUUUGCAAAAUAUGGAGUAAGGCAAAGGCACAAUACGGAAAGAAGCGGGGCAUACUUAUUUCUACCAGACGGUGACGCAGUACCAUUGAAGGUGGAAAAUACUAUCGUUAACGUGAUAGAAGGGCCGAUCAUGUCGUCUGUGACGGUUCAGCUUCCCUACGUCCACCACAAGGCGGUGCUGUAUUCUACUCCGGGGGCCGAUAGCCUAGGGAUCGAAAUUCAAAAUCUUGUUAAAAUCGAAAACACAAACAAUUUUGAACUGUGUAUGCGAUUGUCAACAAACAUUAACAGCACAGAUGAAUUUUACACCGACCUAAAUGGUUAUCAGAUGUUGAAAAGAAAGAGGUUUAAAAAAUUGCCGCUACAGGCAAACUACUACCCCAUACCAACGAAGGCCUAUAUUGAGGAUAAGAAAACUCGUCUAACGAUCGUGACAGGCAGCCCUUUGGGUGGUAGUUCUCUAUCCGAAGGACAGUUGGAGAUUAUGUUAGAUAGGAGGCUGAAUCAGGACGACAAUUUGGGAUUGGGGCAGGGCGUUUUGGAUAACCAUCCUACUAAACACAUGUUCCGGAUACUCUUGGAGAGAAAAACGCAUUCGUGUCAGGCGUCUGCAGACGAUCAUCCUGCAGGAUUUCCAACACUAUCGGCACACGUUUCCUCGGAAACUCUGCUGAACCCGCUGCUCAAGCUACUGAAGGUCCAAGACGAAGAAGACAACAGGGCGAGCGUUUACGCACCCGACUAUCAACUUGGGGUAGAUAUUUCAAUUCCCGUCAUAAGAACUGACGUGUUUAUCAAAGGCAAGUUUCACACGGGAUUAGUUUUACAUCGGCAAUUUCUAGACACAUGUUUCAUGGAUAAGGUGCUUGCGCAACAGUUUCCACUUAGUAAUGGAAGGGUGAACUUAAAAUCACUUUUCCCCAACAAGAAAGUGUUAUAUAAAUCAUCACUAUCAUUUUUAACGGUUGAAAAACGAUUAGAUAUUAGUGACGAUAUCGUGAUAUGUCCAAUGGACAUGCAAGCGUUUUUUAUUUAAGUGAUUAUGAUCUAUUGAAAUUAAAAUGAUAUUUAUUAUUAUAAGAAAAUUUUCUGUGGAUUGGGCUCAAUGCACUAGGUUAAAUCGUAUUAGUGCACUUAUUUGGUUUAGGUAAAUUUUCUCUUGUAUAUUGGUAUUAAUGCAGUCAUUGAGAUUGGUUUUAAUGUGGUUCCUUUUUGUCUUAUGUUAUAUUUUUUGUUUUAAUUGACGAGUAGCUAAAUUGUGAUAAUUUUGUUGAAAGUUUUUUGUUUAUUUAUUUUGUAUUAGAAUUUUUUAUAUACUCAUUUUGACAUUUUCUGGGCAGCAUAUCUGUUGUAAUAAUUUUGAUUCUAAGAUGAUUAGAUCUGUAAGCAAAUGCAUUAUCGAAUGUUUAUGUCCCAUACCAUUUUUACUUUAUUUUAUAGAGUGAAAGAGUGUAUAUUAAUUUUGUAAAUAAAAACUGCAAUAAUAAUAAU